UGAUUGGAAUCCGCCGACCAUGUUUUCUCCAUAAAGAUUAUAUAAUCGCCGCCUGGGUUUUCUCCGUCCUCUCCUGUUGUUGUGUGUUUGUAGGACGACAGCCUUCAGUUCUCUCUCUUUGGCUCUUUGUUCAUCUUCUUCGUCUCUGUCUGCGUCUCAGCUACGGAUUUUAUUCUGUGAAUCGAUGGCGACUGAACCGCUUACUAAUGAGGCCAUUGCUCUCACCGAGAAGAAAGUCGACAUGGCUUUAGAUGAGAUUAUCAAAAUGUCCAAGAGCAAUGUGAAUAAAGGCAAGAAACAGAGGAGAGCACCGAACAAAAGCCAGAAUUCUUCUAAUGGUGCUGUGAAUGGGAGAUAUAAUAACGCCCUAAAAGUGCGGCGCUACAUGGAGUCACGGUCUGCUGUUAGACAGGGAGCGUUUGCUAAAAGAAGAACUAAUUUCCAAGGAAAUCAAUUUCCUGUUGCGUUUAACGCUGCUCGUAAAGCUGCUAAUGCUCUUCCAUGGCGUGGUAGACCUGUAAAUGCUGGCAGGACGGCUAAUGCAAAUCAAUCCAGGUUUGUGGCUCCCGCGGGUCAGAUUGCAAAGGGUUAUUAUAAUGACAAUGGGAAUGGCAAGCAGAAGCAGGAGAAGAGAGGGGAGGAGAUGGAGAGGAGGCAAGGGAGCGGAGGAGGGCAGAGACAGACACUGGACUCUCUGUUUGCUAACAUGAAGGAAGAGCGAAUGAGAUCACUUUCUCAGCAACGGCCACAGCAGAGGAGCAACGGAACCUUUGGAGUAAAACAGAGGGUUCCCUAUGGCAGAAGAUGGGGAAACUGAGACCUUGAUUGUCUUGAACUUUUAUAUCCGUUUUGUGGGUUUGUGUUUUCGGUGUUUGGUUUCAUUCUAAAAAAAAUAGUAGAAAAGCAUAUAUCCAUUGUGGAUUCUCCAAGCUUGAAUCUUUCGCGCCCCUUUGUAUUCGUUGAAAGUUCUUUUUUUAUAUAAAGGGUUUUGGAUUGGCGUU